AUGGAGGAGGAGGAAACGUACCUGGAGUUCUACCUGGACCAGUGCACCGCCCAGGAUGAAGUUGUCCCACCCAGAUCUCCCCCUUUCAGCCCAGUCACAUCUUACGAUGUGUACAUACCUAAUCCAUCCAAUCCAGAGAUGGCAUUUAGUUCACAUCUUAAAGACAAAGAAACAUCUGGUGAUUUCUCAUCUGUGGAUCUUAGCUUCCUACCAGAUGAGCUUACCCAAGAAAAUAAAGAUGAGACUGUCAAUGGAAGCAAGGAUGAAGUUGAAAAAACCUGUAAAACUCAAAGUCAUCAAAGUCAGUUGCCACUACCUAAGGAACAGGACAUUGACCUGGGCUUAAAUGGCAGUGGUUUGUCAAGUUCCCAGUCACAUCUGCACCCUGAUGAUGCUGACUCAGUCCAGCCCUCUCCUGAGAAACCAACCUCAGAUCCCCUGCCUCUGGCAUCCGUAGCUUCUAUGAAACCAAUGACCCCUGUUUCAGAAUGUUCUGGAAUUGUGCCUCAAUUACAGAAUAUAGUUUCUACUGUCAACUUGGCCUGUAAAUUGGAUCUGAAGAAAAUAGCUUUACAUGCAAAAAAUGCAGAAUAUAACCCAAAGAGGUUUGCUGCUGUUAUAAUGAGGAUCCGAGAGCCCAGGACAACAGCCCUCAUAUUUAGCUCUGGGAAAAUGGUCUGCACAGGAGCCAAAAGUGAGGAGCAGUCUCGACUUGCAGCUAGAAAGUAUGCUCGCGUGGUGCAGAAGCUUGGGUUCCCUGCCAGAUUCCUCGAUUUUAAAAUACAAAACAUGGUUGGAAGCUGUGAUGUGAGAUUUCCCAUCAGGCUGGAAGGUUUGGUGCUAACCCACCAGCAGUUCAGUAGUUAUGAACCUGAACUAUUUCCUGGCCUUAUUUAUAGAAUGGUAAAGCCACGAAUUGUGUUGCUUAUCUUUGUAUCUGGAAAAGUUGUGUUAACAGGUGCCAAAGAACGUUCUGAGAUCUAUGAAGCAUUCGAAAACAUCUAUCCUAUUCUAAAAGGUUUUAAAAAAGCCUGA